GCCAACAUAACAGGGAUGCAACGCUCCAAAGUUCGGCAAUUGAACUAAUCUAAAGAGUUUACUAUUCUAGUAAAACUAAAGUGUAUUUAAAUAAUUUCCAUUGGUAAAACAAUACCAGGAUGUACUGCGCAUUGGAAAAGUGAGCGGAUUUCCCGCUUGCGAGCUUAUCGCACCACUAACACACACAUACACACUCACACGGACUCUCUUCGCUCUCUUUCUCUCUCUCUCUUCGCAAUCGCAACGAUUUGUUGUUGGCCGCAGUGCUUGUUUUGCUUAUAUUAGCAUGUGUGGAGUGCAAACCAAGAAUCAGUAGUCGCCGCGGUUUCGACGUGUCAGUUUGCAGUACAAUUACGAUUUAUUAAUCGCGCCAAAUCGCGGAGCCAAGUAGUACUUAGCAAGUAGCAAGAGGAAGCACAUCAGCGAGUCCAUCGACAACAAUAACAAAAUAUGGCGGAUAAAGUAAAUGUGUGCAUUGUGGGCUCCGGCAACUGGGGUUCGGCCAUAGCGAAAAUCGUGGGCGCCAAUGCCGCCGCUCUGCCGGAGUUCGAGGAGCGGGUGACCAUGUUCGUCUACGAGGAGCUCAUCGAUGGCAAGAAGCUGACGGAGAUUAUCAACGAGACGCACGAGAACGUCAAGUACCUGAAAGGACACAAGCUGCCCCCGAAUGUGGUUGCCGUGCCCGACCUGGUUGAGGCCGCCAAGAAUGCCGACAUCCUGAUCUUCGUGGUGCCCCAUCAGUUCAUUCCCAACUUCUGCAAACAGCUUCUGGGCAAGAUCAAGCCAAAUGCCAUCGCUAUCUCCCUGAUCAAGGGCUUCGACAAGGCCGAGGGCGGCGGCAUCGAUCUGAUCUCGCAUAUAAUCACGCGUCACCUGAAGAUCCCAUGCGCCGUGCUGAUGGGCGCCAACCUGGCCAACGAGGUGGCUGAGGGCAACUUCUGCGAAACGACAAUCGGCUGCACGGACAAGAAGUAUGGCAAGGUGCUGCGCGAUCUCUUCCAGGCGAACCACUUCCGCGUGGUGGUCGUGGACGACGCUGAUGCCGUGGAGGUCUGCGGUGCCCUCAAGAACAUCGUGGCCUGCGGCGCUGGCUUUGUUGAUGGCCUCAAGCUGGGCGACAACACCAAGGCAGCUGUCAUCCGACUGGGCCUCAUGGAGAUGAUUCGCUUCGUGGACGUCUUCUAUCCCGGCAGCAAGCUGUCCACCUUCUUCGAGAGCUGCGGCGUGGCCGAUCUGAUCACGACGUGUUACGGUGGCCGUAACCGCCGCGUCUCUGAGGCGUUUGUGACUUCUGGAAAAACCAUUGAGGAGCUGGAGAAGGAAAUGCUCAACGGCCAGAAGCUGCAGGGCCCACCCACUGCCGAGGAGGUCAACUACAUGCUGAAGAACAAGGGUCUGGAGGACAAAUUCCCCCUGUUCACGGCUAUCCACAAAAUAUGCACAAAUCAGCUCAAGCCUAAUGAUUUAAUUGAUUGCAUACGCAAUCACCCUGAGCAUAUGGAUACGUCCAUCAUGCCGUCGCCAAAACUUUAAACUGUGUUACACCCAAACAAGAUCAGUCAAUGUAUAUUGUAAAUACUAUAUAUACCCGCAUAGAUCAAAUCAACCAGUCAUCUUCACCAAGGCAUAUAAAGCUGGCAUUAUAUAGAUAUAUGCAUAAAGUCAGAAAAGUCGUUCCACGUCAACUGCAUUUCUAUUUCCUCUAAUUCUCGCAAGUGUUUUUCAAUGUGUACAGUGCUUAAGUGUUAGAUAAUCGAACCAAAACAAAGAGUGUCAUAAUUGUUGAACCUAAUUGGAAUUGUUAAAAUAAAUAUAAAUUAAAUACAAGUUUUUUGUACAUACCAACCAAAAGUGUUCCCAACUCAUUUAACAUUCUAAAUUGGCAGCUUCAAAUCGGCAAAGAGCAGUACGUACAAAAACUCCAAAGUUAAUAAAUUUUGCAAUUUUCAGUUAAUCAAGCACGGUUGUGUUUUAUUUUAAUGGAUGUGUAUUAAUUGAAACGGAUCGAGAAACCUGUGAUUUAAAACACUUUCUUCUUUUACUUCACAGGCAAAAUUUGUAAAUCUUCUAAAGAAGCUGAGACGUUUUUAACAUUUUUAUGCACCACAGAGAAUAAAUGUAUUUUUUCAGCACAA